AUGGCGGCGACGUCACUCGUCCAUCCUCCGGCGAUGACGCCGACGCCGUUUCGCCCGUACCGUCGUUCCACUCCCCCCGUCAUCAGCGCCGCCUCAAACUCCCGCCCAAAUUCCGUUCGCACAAUUAGCUGCGCAGCAUGUAUCGUGAACGGCAGCCCAACCGCCCUCGAGCAAGCGAGCAAAAAACCGCGGCCGAAGUUUUUCGAAUCCACGAUUCCGACUGAGAACGCGCCGAGCAGAAAUCGGAUCAAGCUGUUCUCCGGCUCGGCCAACCCCGCCUUGUCCCAGGUGAAGAGGAAGCGGUUCGCCGACGGGGAGAUUUACUUCCAACUGGAGGAGAGCGUGAGGGGCUGUGACGUGUACCUGCUGCAGCCUACGUGUCCUCCGGUGAACGACAACCUCAUGGAGCUCAAAAUCAUGAUAGAGACCUGCUGGAGCUCAUCGGCCAAGUCAAUAACCGCCGUUAUUCCCUACUUCGGUUACGCUAGGGCUGAUAGACGGGUUCAAAGUCGGGAACCGAUUACAGCUAGAAUCGCAGCAAGGGACAUAUCGCGUGCAAAUCAUGUUCUAGUUUGCGAUAUUCAUUCUUUGCAGUCCAUAGGUUAUUUUGAUAUACCUGUAGACCAUGUACAAUGUGAGCCUGUAAUACUUGAUUAUCUAGCUAGCAAAGGGCUUCAUUCGAGUAAUAUGGUAGUGGUUUCGCCUGAUGUUGGUGGGGUUGCAAGGGCACGCGCAUUUGCCAAGAAGUUAGGUGAUGCCCCUCUAGCUAUUGUGGAUAAAAGGCGCCAUGGACAUAACAUUGCUGAGGUGAUGAACCUGAUUGGUGAUGUUAGAGGAAAAGUAGCAAUUUUGGUGGAUGACAUGAUUGACACUGCUGGAACAAUCACAAAAGGAGCAGAACUUUUGCAUAAAGAAGGGGCCAAGGAAGUGUAUGCAUGCUGCACGCACGCAGUUUUCAGCCCGCCUGCGAUUGAGAGAUUGUCGAGUGGUCUGUUUCAAGAAGUAAUAGUGACCAACACAAUUCCUGUGGCGGACGAGAAUUAUUUCCCGCAGUUGACUGUUCUUUCCACAGCAACGCUAUUGGCCGAGACCAUUUGGCGUCUUCACAAUGAGUACUCCGUUAGUAGCAUCUUCCGAUGA